GCCUCUCCUCGGCCUCGCUGUCCUCGAUGUCACGCCUCUCCUCGCUCCUCCUCCUCUCGUUCGCAUGUUCCGCCCACGGACAUGGCUACCUAACCUGUCCGGCUCCGCGCCAGCGUCGCGACGAGCCCAUCGCCGGCCAGUCGUGGACGAGUUGGAUGGGCAUGGCUGGCGCGACCUACGCUGCCGGUGUGGGCAAUGCAGCCUCGCUCAGCGGCGGCGGCAGGAACGAAGCGCAUGCCGCUCCCAACUCGCACGACCUCUGCGGUGGCACGCUCGCCAACAGCUUCUCGGCUGGGUCGCCCUUUGGCCCGACCAAGGCCCGUGGCACCUUCAAGAGCGGAGGCACGAUGGAGGUCACCGUCGACAUCACCGCCUACCACAAGGGCUGGUUCGAGUUCCGGUUGGCGGUCCCGGCCGACGGCGGCGCCGACGAGGCCUCGCCCAUCACACAGGACAUGCUCAACGAGCACGUCCUCGAGAUUGACGAGAGCACGGUCGACUUCGAUCUGGUGACCAACUACGCCGGCGUGCACGGCAGCGUCAAGUGCGCCACGACUGGCGGACACAGCGACCCGACCUCCACCACGCCAAACACAAAGUGGCCGCACGGCUCGUGCUGCAACGGGGGCGGCGCCUGCAGCCCGCCCGCCGCCAACAAGGACCGCUACGUGAUUGAGACCUCGUCCAACGUGGGCGAGCCGGGCGCACCGACGGGCCUGUACACCGUCGUGCUCAAGGUCCCGCCCGGCAUCGAGUGCGAGCGGUGCACGCUGCAGUGGUACUACCAGACUGGCAACUCGAACGACGCCUACCCGGAGGCCUUCUGGAACUGCGCAGACGUCGAGAUCAAGCCGGAGAGCUACACCGGCGACGUCGGCUGCGACCUCCCCGGGCCAGCUGACAGCGGUGGCGGCGGCGGCGGCGGCGGCGGCGGCGGCGGCGGCGGCGGCGGCGGCGGCGGCGGCGGCGAUGGCGGCUACAUUGGCUGGUGCCGGAACGACUGGAGGGGCGGAGAGUGUGUGCCGUGCAACACUGGGGCCGAUUGCGAUGCCCACGGCAGCGGUGCCUGCGACGGGCAGUCUUGGUGCGCCGAGACCGUCUACUGCGGGGCCACGCCCGAGUGCAGCGGAGGCCCCGCCGCCGGCUGCGGCCCGACUGAAGAGCUGAGCUGCUCGGCGGAGCGGGAGGCGUGCGGCGCCUUCCAGGCAAAGUGCGACGCCUGGUGCGGCGCCUCGUGUACCGCGACGCCCACGUGCGACGCCGAGGCUCCGGAGUACCCGGGCGGCAUGCUCAAGCACGAGUGCUCGUGUGCAUGCUCGGCCUGCGGCGGCGCCGACUCGAUCGCGAGCUGCACCUUCUCUGCGUCGUCGCCCUCACCGCCGCCCUCGCCCUCGACCUCACCGUCGCCCUCGCCUCCGCCGCCGUCGCCCAAGCCGCCGACCGGCGCUAUGACCGACCCUCCGCCGCCGCCGCCCUCGCCACCGCCGCCGCCCUCGCCGCCCUCGCCGCCACCGGCGGGCAACGGCGGGGGGCAGUGCGUUGACAUGCCGCUGACCGGAGGCUGGGCAUCAACCACUUGUGCCGCCCUUGGCGCGUCGAGCUGCCCCGGGUGGCCCUUUGAAACGAUGUGCGGCUACUGCGACCACGACGUCAUCGGCGAAAAUUGCUGCCGCGGCCUGAGCAUCCACGCGGCCAUCCAAGAGCAAGGGCUCGAUCCGGACACGGAUCUGCUCCUCGGGUCGACCCGAGCGACGUGGGAGGACCUCUGCGAGGUCGUCGUUGCGUGGAACGGCCGCUUCUCCGCCAUCCCCUUCCUUGCGGAGGCCGACGCCGGCAACAACCUCCUCACGCUCGCCGCCUUCCUCGGCAACGCCGCGCAGGAGUCGGCAGACUUCGUGGCCUGCGAGGAGUACAUCAACCCGUGCCAGGGCGUCUGCUCGGGCGGCAACGCGGAGGACUACCGCGACGCCCUCUGGGGGACGUGCUAUCAAGUGCCGGUGCCGACCGCGGACAGCUUCGACAAGACGGGCACGCUACCCGCCGACGCGUGCGGCACGUCGGGGCAGGUGACGUGCGUCGACUGGGACGGGCGGCCGCACAGCGGCGACAGCUGCUGGUACGGCAAGGGCGCGCUACAGCUGACCUGGAACUGCAACUACGCCAAGGCAAACACCUUGCUCCGUGAGAUUGGGCUCGAGAUCGACAUCUGCGCCGACCCCGACUCGAUCUGCACCGACGGCCAGACCUUCUGGGCCGGCUCGCUCGCCUACUGGAUGAUGAGCGUCUCGCCCUACUACCUUCAGGACCACCGCAUCGACACGGCGAUGAACUGCAUCAAGAGCGGCUGCAGCGCGCCCUACCCCGGCACUUGGACGGGCUCCGGCGCGGCGGUGCGCAGGGCCAACUACCAGGGCUACCUCAGCAAGCUCACCGGCGGCACCGCUCCCGACCCUGCUUCUCCAACGCCGUCGCCGUCGCCGACGCCGUCGCCAUCGCCAUCGCCAUCGCCAUCGCCAUCGCCAUCCCCAUCUCCGGCGCCGACACCGUCGCCCGGCGAUGGCAACGACGGCGGCGCCGCCUCGGCGCUCGUGCAAGCCCUCCGCUCCACGACGGCGUACACGUUCCGCAAGCUCCAGACGACGGCGCAGGCGAGCUGCAACAUCGAGUCGCCGGCGGGCGCCUGCUGGGAGGACAGCGAGCAGUACUUUUGGGCCGACAUGGUCGGCGCGCUCGAGAAGAUGGCCACGCGCGGCGUGGCGGGGCGCACCUUCAUCUCCGGCGCCGCCGGCUCGAGCGAGUACGCCGUCGGCCUCGCCAACCUCGCCGCCUUCCUGGCGCAGACCAUGCAGGAGACGAUCCAGUACGACGCCUGCGACGAGAACAACUGGAGCGAGCAGAGCGCCCUCGACAUGGUGAGCGCCAAGGGCGGCUCGCCGGGCGAGAUCUACCCCGCCUCGGCGGCGUGCGGCCAGCUCGGCCAGAGCUACCAGAGCUACAGCUGCCCCGCCGGCGGCGUGCUCGACCCCGAGACGGGCGAGACAGUCCCGCCCGAGGAGGUCCAGUGCGCCGUCGACCUCGAGAUGGUGGUGGUGGCGCAGACGUCGGCGCAGUGGUACGGCGCGCCGCCGCCCCUCUUCUGCGCGCCACGGUCGCUCGUGCGAGACGCGCCAAAGUGGGACGUGUCUGGAUGGUGCCCCACCCAAGGGACCAGCUGGAACCAGGCCGAAGAGUGGGCGGCGCCGUUCGGGAGCAUGGCGCGCGGCAGUAUCCACUUUGGCCCGGCGGCGUCCACCGCGAGCGUGCCGCCAGAGGUGCUGGCCAGCGCGCCCGACUACCCGUCGUACGUGGUUGGCUCCGUCGACCAGGGCACGGGCGAGGACUGCCUGCUGUCCGGAACCUGCUGCCUCGACAAGGACAACCAGCGCGCCGGCUCCUGGCAGAGCUGCGCGGGCGGCUGCGAGAACUCCGCCCUGCCCGAGCUGAACGUCGGCAGCGAGGCGCGGACCGACGUGGAGGGGUGCUGCUGGUGGGGCCGCGGCGCCAUCCAGACGACCGGCGUGUGCAACUUUGGCAAGCUCAACUACUUUGCGGGCAAGAAGGCGGCGCAGCGCGGCAAGGACGCCCUCUUCCCCGACGUCGACUUUUGCGCCAACCCGGGCGCAAUCUGCCAGCCCGAGUACCCGGAGCUGCGCUGGUUCUCGGGCCUCUUCUACUGGCUGAACGACGUGCAGCCGUACGACGUGCGCGGCGAAAGGUACCUCGACGUCCUCCAGGCCUGGGUGGACAACGGGAUGGACCCGAGCGACCACAGCCUCGUCGAUUUUGCGUCCGGCGUCGUCAACCGCGGCUGCCACGACGCGCCGUUCGAGGGCGUCGGCGGCGCCGAUCCGUGCGGCAACGGCGAGAUCCACGCCUGGGAAGAGCGGCGCCUGAACUUCAAGCACAUCUGGGGCGUGCUGAGCCCGCUGCUGCCGACGCGCCGCCGCUCCCUGCUCCUCUCGUGAGGCGCACGGGAGGCGGCCGGCGCUAUUCGCUGUUGUGCAAUACACCCCUCUCGAACGCUCACUCGAAGCUUCCUCUCCUUCCUCAGAGCCCCCCUCUCAACAGGACACGUACUCGCAUGCGGCUUGCGGGGGCGAAUCCCCCCCACCUCGCCCGCGGCCUGCGCCGCCAAAACGCGCGCGCAGCGCGGCGCUCAGCCUCACCAUCAGACCGGACGCGGUCGACGUUCGUACUCGCUCGUCAAGAGAGUCUUUUGUGUCGAUUAAAAUACGUUGCAUGAUUGUGUAGAAGGAC